UAACAAUAUUAUACCUUACGUUCAUUAUGAACGAACCUAAGGUAGAAGGACACAACUCAUCACUGAAGUGGUGCAUUCAUGCUCUAACGAAUUUCUAGUUGUCAUUUUUCGGUCCCUUUAGUUGUAACAAUAAGUGUAGUUCCUCUCUACUACAGAAAAAAUGAUAAUUAGUAAUUACAUAUUAAGUUUUAACCUUGCUAUGAAUGAUGUUACUUUAAUAUUAUUUUUUCAUGAUGCUACGAUUGUUUCAAUUAAAUUCACUAGUUAAGCGUUUAAUAAAUAGUCGGUACUCAAUCAUUUAGAUUUCAAGAAAUUCAUCUCGAAUCAUCAUUUUGUACGCACAAAGAUGAAACAAAACCGAAUGAAACUAGUAGUAUUAUCGUACGAAUCAAAUACUCUAUUUAGUUUUUAAAAGAAUUCGAUUAGAAUUCUACAUACGGUAAAGAAUAAAAUCAAACUAAAUAAGUAAUUAACUAUCAAUAACUAAACUACAUAAGUAGGAAAAAUGUAUCCUUCCUUUUGGAAAAUGAAGUGGAAACUACCUUUCAAAUUUCAUAUUGUUUCUUCUUCCCCUUCCCUAACCCCAAGUUGUCACUUUAACUUGGUCCAUCACGACAUCUUUUCCUUGUGGCCUUUUGUUUACUACUAUCAAUACGCCAUUGCUUCUUUCUCCUCCUCGACCUCCAAAACCCAAAAAAAGUAAAGCAAAAGGGCACCAAAAAUCAAGGCAAGGCGGCCCUUCUCUCUCCCCUCCUUCGUCGUCUUCUUCUUCCCCUCCUUCUGGCGACUGGAUCUGAAAAAUCUUUCCUCUCUGACAGAAAAGUGCCCAACUGGGGAAUUCUCUGCUUGGUGGGUCUACUACAUACAAAUACAAUCCACAUACACGAGUGUCUGUUUGUUUGAGUGACAACCCGACAUUUCUUCCUGCACAGGUACUCCCCCAUCCCUCUCAGUAUCCAAUCUCACCUGUCCUUUCUUAUUGAUUUAGCCCUUUCCUUAAACCCUCCCUCUCUGGUUUUUGUGUACUUCUAACGAUGUUGAUUCCUCCACGGAAAUUUUCCAGAAAGUGAAUGAAUAUGAAGUUACGGAGAGCGAGUUCUGUAGGGUGGACAGCCCAGGAACGGCACGGCAGAUCUAGCUGCUGAUGGAAGAAAGAAAGAUGCUUUGGAGAGUAAAACAAGAGCAACGAAACAGGGGAAGAGUAGAACAGAGCAGCAGCAGGAGAAGAUUAUUAUUAUUAUCUUUGCCCAUUAUAAUACUCGGCAAAUCAUUACAACCCAGAUGAUUAAGAUGGAUUGAUUUUUUUUGGUUGGUUUUGUUCUCUUGUGCGUGGAGAUUGAAAGCCGAGCGAAGAGGAAGUGGGGGGAAGAAAAAAAGGGGGGAGCUUUGUGUUUAUGCAGAAAGCAGCAAAUUUGACUACAGAGAGAGGGGGGAGAAAAGGAUGAAGGAGGGAGGAAGAAGAUGGUGGAGAUUCAGUAAUGGAGUUGUUGAUUUCCUUUUCCUUAUAUUCCUACUGCUGCUCAUCCCGCCGUCGCAUUCCGAUGAUGUUUCUGGCCUGUUGACUUUCAAGCAGAGCUCUAUUGAUUCCGAUCCCAACAAGGUUUUGUCCAGCUGGAGUUCUAAUUCCAACGGCGGUGGGGCUUGUUCGUGGUUCGGGGUCUCCUGCUCCGGCGGCCGCGUUACUUCCUUGGACCUAACCGGAGCUGGCCUGGCUGGUUCUCUACAACUACCCCAGCUCAUCUCCGGGCUUCCUUCUCUCACCAGGCUGAUUUUGCGGUCGAAUUUGUUCACCGCCGGGAAUCUCUCCACCGGUGGCGGAUGUGCUCUGGAGAUGCUCGAUUUGUCGGCCAACAACAUCUCGGACCCUCUCCCGUCGGAUUCGUUUUUCAGCUCAUGCUCCCGCCUCGCCGCAGUCAACCUCUCCGGCAACUCAAUCCCCGGCGGGAAUCUCCGGUUCGGCGGUUCCUUGCUCCAGCUCGACCUUUCCCGCAACCGGAUUUCCGAUUCUUCCCUCCUCGCCGACGCGCUCUCCGGCUGUCAGAAUCUCAACCUGCUCAACUUCUCCCACAACAAACUUCCCGGGAAAAUUGGUACCACGCCACGCGCGUGCAGGAAUCUCUCCGUUUUGGACAUCUCCGAUAACCUUCUCACUGGGGAGCUCCCCGCCAGCUUCGUCGCCGAUUCUCCGCCGUCGCUUGAGGUAUUGGAUCUGUCCAUCAACAAUUUCACCACCAGCUUCCCCGGGUUGGAUUUCGGGCGGUGCGGGAACUUGACCCGGCUCAUUCUGUCGCGGAAUCGGUUUUCGGGUCCCGGGUUCCCAAUCGGGUUCUCUAAUUGCUCCCUUUUGGAAACCCUAGAUUUGUCGCAGAACGACCUCCAGCUGCCGAUUCCGGGAGCGUUGUUAGCUAGGCUGAAGAAAUUAAAGUGGUUAUCUUUGUCGCACAAUAGCUUCUCCGGCGAAAUCCCGGUCGAGCUCGGUGGUCUCUGCGGAACUUUACAGGAGCUCGACCUCUCUGGGAACAAGCUCACCGGAGAGUUCCCCUCUGUUUUCAAGUCAUGCUCUGUUCUCGAAACUCUCGACCUUGGACUCAACCAGCUCUCCGGAGAUUUCCUGACCACCGUCGUCAGCGGGUUGACCGCCUUGAGAAUCCUCCGUGUCCCUUUCAACAAUCUAACCGGCGAGGUACCGCCGUCUCUGGUCAAUUUGACUCGGCUAGAGGUGCUCGACCUUAGCUCGAAUGAGUACAUCGGAGCUGUUCCCUCCGAGUUCUGCACUUCUUCUUCCAACCCUUCUCUCGAGAAGCUCCUUCUCGCCGGUAAUUACUUGACCGGGCAAGUCCCGGCGGAGCUAGCCAAAUGCAGAAACUUAAGGAGCAUCGAUCUCAGCUUCAACAACCUAGACGGACCCAUCCCGGCGGACAUCUGGUGGCUCCCGAACCUCUCCGACGUGGUAAUGUGGGCGAACAACCUCACCGGCGAAAUCCCUGAAGGCAUUUGCGUGAAAGGCGGCAACUUGGAGUUUCUCGUCCUCAACAACAAUCUCAUUACAGGCUCAAUCCCCAAGUCAAUCGGAAGCUGCACCAACUUGAUUUGGGUCUCCCUCGCCAGCAACCGUCUCACCGGAGAAAUUCCUUCCGGAAUUGGGAACCUAAACAACUUGGCCAUCCUCCAGAUGGGCAACAACUCCCUCAACGGUCAAAUCCCACCAGAAAUCGGUCGCUGCAAGAGCCUAAUCUGGCUCGAUUUGAACAGCAACGACUUAUCCGGCACCCUCCCGCCUCAAAUCGCCGACCAAGCGGGGCUCAUCGUCCCUGGAAUCGUCUCCGGCCGAAAAUUCGCCUUCGUGCGGAACGAAGGCGGAACCUCCUGCAGGGGAGCAGGAGGUCUCGCCGAAUUCGAAGGAAUCCGCGCCGAACGCCUCGAGAGCUUCCCGAUGGCACAUUCCUGCCCGACAACCCGAAUCUACUCCGGCGUCACCGUGUACACAUUCGUCAGCAACGGAAGCAUGAUCUUCCUCGACGUCGCUUACAACGAGUUAAUCGGUGAGAUACCGGACAAUUUCGGCACAAUGAGCUACUUGCAGGUGCUCAACCUCGGCCACAACCACCUCACCGGAACCAUCCCGGGUACCUUCGGAGGACUAACAAAGAUCGGAGUUAUGGACCUCUCUCACAACCAGCUCCAUGGAUUCCUCCCUGGUUCGUUGGGAUCUCUCACAUUUCUCAGCGAUCUGGACGUUUCCAACAACAAUUUCAGCGGUCCGAUCCCUACAGGUGGUCAGCUCACCACAUUCCCUUCCUCAAGAUACGAGAACAACACGGGCCUCUGCGGACUCCCGCUCCCCAAAUGUGGCGGCGGAUCCCGCCAGCGUCGAAACAGCGAUGGCGGGAGAAAGAGGCAGCCUUUAGGGGCUGUGAUAGUGAUCGGUAUCGUCUUCUUCAUCCUCUGCAUCAUCGGCCUGACACUUGCUCUGUACCGAGUGAAAUCGCGUCGUCGGAGCAACGAGGAAAUGAUGGAGAAGUACAUCGAGAGCCUACCGACGACUUCGGGAAGCAACAACAGCUGGAAGCUGUCGGGAGUCCCCGAGCCGUUGAGCAUCAACAUUGCCACUUUCGAGAAGCCGCUGCGGAAGCUGACAUUCGCACACCUGCUGGAGGCGACGAACGGGUUCAGCUCCGAGACAAUGAUUGGCACCGGCGGGUUCGGGGAAGUUUACAAGGCUCAGCUUCGGGACGGGAUCACGGUGGCGAUCAAGAAGCUGAUCCAUGUCACGGGGCAGGGAGACAGGGAGUUCAUGGCGGAAAUGGAGACAAUUGGGAAGAUCAAGCACAGAAACCUGGUCCCGCUCCUCGGGUACUGCAAGGUAGGGGAAGAGAGGCUGCUUGUGUACGAGUACAUGAAGUGGGGGAGCUUGGAAUCGGUGCUCCACCAGGGCGGAGGCCGCCUCGAUUGGGGUGCGAGGAAGAAGAUCGCGGUGGGGUCAGCGAGAGGGCUGGCAUUCCUCCACCACAGCUGCAUCCCUCACAUCAUCCACCGCGACAUGAAGUCGAGCAACGUGCUGCUCGACGAAGGGUUCGAGGCGAGGGUGUCUGAUUUCGGGAUGGCCAGGCUGUCCAACCCGCUGGACACUCACCUCAGCGUGAGCACGUUGGCGGGCACGCCAGGGUACGUGCCCCCGGAGUACUACCAGAGCUUUCGUUGCACGACGAAAGGGGAUGUGUACAGCUACGGGGUGAUCUUGCUGGAGCUCCUCUCGGGGAAGAAGCCCAUCGAUCCGACGGAGUUUGGGGACGACAACAACCUGGUCGGGUGGGCGAAGCAGCUGGGCAGGGAAGGGAGGAGGAAUGAGAUACUGGACAGUGAGCUGAUCUUGAAGGCAGGGGAGGAGAUGCAGCAGUAUCUCAGGAUUGCGUUCGAGUGUUUGGAUGAUCGGCCGUUCAAGAGGCCGACGAUGAUUCAGGUGAUGGCGAUGUUCAAGGAGUUGCAGGUGGAUCCUGAGAAUGAUAGCACUGAUGGAUUGUCGUCAGUGAAGGAAGGUGGUGGUAUAGAUGAACUGGGGGAGAAGUAGUUUGGUAAUGCUAUUGAUUGAAGUAAUGGUAGUACAAGUUUACAUUUUAUAUAAAAAAAAAAUCUCUUCCUUUUAUUCCCCAAGUGUUUGUUAAGAGCAGCUCGACCUUCUUUUACCUUUUGUAUAUAGAAAGAAAGAAAGAAAGAAGAUGAUGAUGUUAAAUGAAAUCAGGCAGAGGAAAAACCAGAGCUGGAGAAGGAGGAAGAAAGAAGAUCCAGGGGGUAAAAUCAAAUGUGUUUGCAAGC